AUGCCAGAUAUUAUAGGCUCUGGGUAUGAUAUGAUUGUUAGAACUGGAUAUAGCACAAUUGUUAGAGCUAAACAUAACAUAGUUGUUAGAACUGAACAUAGUAUGAUUGUUAAAACUAAACGUAAUAUUAUUGUUGUUGUUAGAGCUGGAUGUAGUAUAGAUAAUAGAUUUUGA